UUUCCAUUCUCCUCACUCGCCACUCCUAUUUUACUUCCUUUUAUCUUCGCAUUCAACUGCAUCCACACAGCGAUUCCAACAACUAUUAAUAGUCCCAUCUCUUCAAAGCUACCUUUUUGGCAAAGCAAAAUCUGGCAUUUGUUGUCGUCAAGCCAACACAUAGUUUCCACAGCUGUUUCCACUUGACGCCCUCCUUCUCUCUAUUUUUAUUCUGUGUAUAUACUACACGCAUCUUAGCUACGCCAUUACUACUCCCUUAUUAUAAUUAUUGUAUACAAGAGACGGGUGGGAAACAACAUGCCCAUCAGCGCCUCUCCCGUUGUCACCGCCUUUAUCCGCUCAUCUGCUGCAGCCUCUGCCCCGCUACGCGGCCGACUACACACCCGGGCAGCACCAGCAGUGCCAUGCUCGGCGACCUCGACAGGUCUUAUGAACUCGUCUCUGCAGCAGCACAAGGCCGCGGCAAUGUCCUUGGCGGUCCGAGGGAUCUCAACAUCGCCGACUCCUCCGCGCACAGAAAUAGAGGCUGCAUCAGAAGCAGGGCGACCUCCCAACAGCACAGGCGACCAGCAGCGACUGCUGCAGCCCGAUCCCGCACUGGCGCUGGAUCAGCUGAGUAUGGCCAAGCUGAUAACAGUGUGGCUAGUAUACCGCGCAUGUGGCAACGCGCGGCUGGUGCAAGCGGCGCCAAGCAUCCUCAAGCUGUUCGAGCGGCUGGGGCUGUCGUGGCUGAGCAACGCGGUUGUUAGGCGGACAUUUUUGCAUGACUCGGGCAUCGGGUCGAUUCUUGAUUUUUCGGCCGAGGCUGAUCUCGAGGAGACCGCGGCGGCGGACGCAGAGGCUGCACGCGCACACGCUAACGUCAAGGCCGAUGCAUUCACCAAGGAGUACCUUCACGGGCUGCACAUGGCGCGCAGGUGCCCGGCAAUCAAGGUGACGGGGCUGACGGACCCCGAGGUUCUCUACAGGCUGUCGAUGCCAUACGCGCGGCUGCGCGCGGCUUUCGACAAGGCGGCCAGCAACGGCGACGGCAGCGUAGGCUUUGCGCAGUUCCGCGACACCGUGUUGGCGGCGAUGCCGGGCGGCAGGCACGUGGCGUCGCCAGCCAGCAUCUUCGCAAUGGUCGAUGGCGACAACGAUGGGCAGAUGGCGCUGGGGAUGGACAACCCGCUGGCGCGGCCGCUGUACCUGCGCUCAUCGCCAGGCAGCGAGUAUGGCGCGCUGGAGUCCGACGUCGACGACUACGAGCGGCUGCUGUCGCGCGCACGCGCCGUCGACCGCGGCGUGCGCGUAAUGGUCGAUGCCGAGCACACAUAUUUCCAGCCGAUGAUUGACCACGUUGCGCUGGUGAUGCAGCGCGAAUUCAACGGGCCCAGUACAGGCUCAGCUGCUGGCGCCGCUGCUACUGCUCCUGCUUCUGGGAACGGUGGCACCCUGGUAUACAACACCAUACAGAUGUACCGCUCGGAUUCAUUCCAGCGACUGGUCGAUGACUACGCCAGGUCACAGCGCGAGGGCUGGCGCUAUGCUGCCAAGCUUGUGCGCGGCGCGUAUAUGGAGCUAGAGCAUGAGCGCGCGGCCAAGCUCGGGUACCCGUCGCCCAUCAACCCAACGCUCGAGGCCACGCACGCGUGCUAUGACCGCGGCGUGCGGCUGCUGAUCGACCGCAUUGCUGAGGCCCAGCGCUCGUUCACUGGUGAUAUGCCGCCGGCGCUGUUUAUCGCGUCGCACAAUAAUGCGUCUAUUGAGCGCGCCAUGCAGCUGCUGCGCGAGCUGGAUAUUGACACGUCGGCGGAGCCCGUCAUGUUUGGCCAGCUUCUGGGCAUGCAGGAUGCCACCAGCUACGCGCUGGCCAAGGCGCAGCUGCCCAUUUACAAGUAUGUGCCGUACGGCAGCCUCGAAGAGGUCAUGCCCUAUCUCAUUCGCCGUGCUCAGGAAAACUCGGCUGUUGGGGCGUCCAUCGCCAAGGAGGCUUCGUCUGUCAUGGCUGAGAUCCGCCGCCGAAUGCUUGGCCGUGCGAAAACGCAACCGCAGACCGGGACCACUACUGCAUCCGAGGCGGCAGCGAACAACAGCUCGUAAAAUCUAUUUUUGUUCCACAAAUUACUCUGCAUUUUUCCUUCCUUCCUUCUACCGUGCCACAAACAUGAGCAGCACACUAGAUUUUUUUCAAUAAAUGAAAUA